AUGUUAUUAAUUAUUUUAUAAAACCAAGAUUUGUCCAACAUUAUAUAAAGUAUCUUAGGCCUGUACUUAACAUUGACACGCCAGACAACUUUCCCCUAAGAAGUAGCCAAAAAAUGUUUUGACAGACAUAACUCGAAAACACAUUGCUCUGACCCGCUUUGCACUUCCUUCAGCAUUUUCCAUAUUUAAACGUUUUAACUCAUUGCUCUGGCCCCCGUUUUCAGGGAGGGAAAUAUUGUUCACGUUAGAAUAAGAACAGAAACAUGUAUUAUGUCAAAACCAAGUCCUGUUUACCUUAUACACAUACUAUUGGUGGCCGCUGACUGUCACUCAAGGUCUUAGUGGGUGUUACCAGUUGACUUCGUAGGAUUUACGAACGUAAUAGAUCUGUGAUUGACAGUAGACAACGACAGUCAGGCGCGAUAGACACUACGAACAGAACACAGAUACACUUUGCCUGUAACCGCGCAGUUUUAGAUAAAGGACAUCCAGAGUGAGUUGUAUUUUUUAUUCCAUCAUCGCAAAAAUAGCCGGUUUUCAACUAGUGCCCUCUAUCAGAGUUCAUGAAGAAGUGACGACGCUUUUUACACUUUUACAUUUGGUGCCUGGACUGGACGAUUCAUUGAGUGUCUUUAUGUGACAGUUGAGCUAUUUGUCCGUUUACUUUAGAGAUGGCAGAUUUACCGCUGCCGCAACAGUUGGUUGAUAUAGACCCGGAUUUCGAGCCACUCUCGAGGCCCCGGUCAUGCACCUGGCCUCUGCCUCGACCAGAGUUCAUCGAACCCGCCUGCUCAAACACAUCUUCACCGGCGCCUUCAGUCAAACAGGAGCCUGUCGAAUACAUCAGUAACCUCAGUUUUUUAGAAGAGUCAGAGGACUACCCGGAGGAUCAGAAACCGCUCGUUUUGUGCAAUGAUUUUCAGUGCCAGGGGAACUGCAUACACCCGCAGCAGGAGAAACAACAUCCACAGCAGUUACAGCAACAUCAGCAGCACCCGUGUUCUCAGCUGCCGCACCAGCAACAGGUGCCCCCGGUCUCAUCCCCCAACGGGUCGAAUUCGGUGGCCGCCGCCACGGUGCAGAGGAAAAGCAGCUCGUCGCGUCGGAACGCGUGGGGGAAUAUGUCCUACGCGGACCUCAUCACCAAGGCGAUAGAGAGCUCACUGGAGAAGCGACUCACCUUGUCUCAGAUCUAUGACUGGAUGGUGAAGAGCGUGCCAUAUUUUAAGGAUAAAGGAGACAGUAAUAGCUCAGCAGGUUGGAAGAAUUCCAUCCGCCACAACCUGUCCCUCCACAGUCGUUUUGUUCGUGUGCAGAACGAGGGGACAGGGAAGAGCUCGUGGUGGAUGCUGAACCCCGAGGGAGGGAAGAGCGGGAAGUCCCCCCGACGUAGAGCUGCCUCCAUGGACAACAACAGCAAGUUCACCAAGAGCAGAGGACGGGCUGCCAAGAAGAAGGUGGCUCUCCAGGACGGGGUAGUUGGGGGUGCAGACAGCCCAGGAGGCUCGCAGUACUCCAAGUGGCUCGGCAGCCCCAACUCCCACAGCCACAGCAAUGAUGACUUCGAGGCCUGGACUACCUUCCGGACGCGUGCCUCCUCUGACGCCUCCACCCUCUCUGGCCGUCGCUCUCCCUUCCUGGAACAGGACAUCGACCUAUCAGAGGCCGACGUCCAUAUGGGCUACCCUGGAGGGAUGGGGCCUAAGAUUACCUCCAUGGCCACCCUGCCCAGCCUAUCAGAAGUGGGCCUGGCCGGCUCCAUGGGGGGUCAUCAUCAUGGUCACCACGGAACAGAGAAUGUCAUGGAGAGUCUCCUUGACAACCUCAACCUGCUGUCCCCCAAGAAUCAAGGCCAGCUGGUGGUAUGUGGCGGGCCUGGGUCUGGGCCCGACUCCUCACGGUCCUCCUCCUCCUCCAUGCUUCAGAACAGCCCCUAUAGCUCCCCCUCCAUGAACCCCCAACCCCAACAGCAGGACUACAGGAAGUGCCUCUAUGGCCAGGCUGGGCCAGGCAUGAACAGCCCACAUCUCUCCCCCAUCCCCAUGCAGACGCUGCCAGAGAGCAAGCCUCCAGGAUCCUUUGCACACUUCCGGAGCCAUUACAACUGCCCUGCUGGGCUCCUUAAGGAGCUGCUGACCUCUGAAGUAGCUGACCCCCGUGGUGGGGGUGGUGGGGAGGCAAUGCCCACCAUGGAGACAGUAGUGUCCCAGUCAGGGAGAGGGCGAGGAGGAGGAGGGCAGAUGCUGCCCAACUACAGCAGCCAGGGGCAGGUGGGACAGGUGGGGGGGCACAGAGGGGUGAAGAUGAUGAGUCCCCCUCCUCAGCAACACACACGACAACCUCAGUCCCACACUCAAAAUCCACACCCUCACCCACAUCUGCAGCCUUUCCACAGCCAGGGCCAGUGCCCUCCCCCAUCUGGGCCCUCCAUGAACGGCUGUGGCCUGAUUCCCCUGACCAGCCUCAACCACGCUGGGGGCCCUGCCCGUCUAGCCAGCCUCAGGACACACAUCCACCAGCUACAGCAGCGGCCCCACAGUGGUGGUGGUCACCCAGUCUCAGGCCAUCACAACCACAGUCCCCACCACAACGGAGCGCCUCCACCCAGCUACAGCAGCAGUGCUAAUGGUUAUGGGAGACCAGGUCCAAGUCCCAGGUCUGCUCAUCCCCAGUCCCACCACCACCACCACCACCAUCAUCAUCAUCAUCAGGAGAGGCUGCCUAGUGAUCUAGACGACAUGUCCAUCGAGAGGUUUGAGUGUGACAUGGAGUCUGUUCUUCAUGACACGCUGAUGGACGGAGACUCGUUGGACUUCAACUUUGACCCCAUGGUGACCAACCAGGGGUUUAGUCAGGGGGUUGGGGUGAAGACCACCACACACAGCUGGGUGUCUGGCUAAGACACACACACACACCUCUCCGACUCAGAGCAGACAGUUUUGAUUUUUCAGAUUUUUCAACAUUCUCCACUGGCCUUCAUGAAGAGAAUGGAAGAGUCUAAAGAAUCCAUUGCCCCUCUCCAGAGGACUAUCAUCAGCCCGUCCCAAUUCUGUCACUAUCCAUUGCAGAUAUGUAAGGUGGAAGAAAUCAGGUGGAAGCUCCAUCACUAAACUGUGUUCACAUAUCUAGACCCUUUAGAUUUGGGGGUAGGGGUACGGAGGGACUGCGCUGGCUGAGACCUUGAGGGAAAGGCUGGUCUGAAGUUGGCCUUGUAAAUAUAGCAGCACAAUAGCAUUCACUUCAACAGUACUUGGAAGAAGCUGGAGACUCUUAAAGCAAUGUUUUAUUGUGAAAAAUGUUUUGUGUUUCGUAUGUUAUUUGAGUUUUUUUGGGUAUCUCACAUUAUGUUUUUGCGAGUGUGUAUUUAUCUUUUUUUAGUUUGGCUUUAGCUCUUCAAAAACAACUGGAAUGGAGUCGGUUCUGUUUCACGUUCAAGUGGGGUCUGUCCCACCCUUCAAGGUGCUUCUCUAUAAGGUUGUCAAAAAAGGUUUGACAUAUUAUGUCUGAGUAAGAUAUUAUCGAUGUAAAUAUGCUACUAUACUUCAAACAUACAGUGCAUUCGGGAAAGUAUUCCCAACCGCUCAACUUUUUCCACAUUAUGUUACGUUACAGCCUCCUUCUAAAAUUGAUUCAAUUGUUUCCCCCCGCAUCAAUCUACACACAUUACACAAUAAUUACAAAGCAAAUUUUAUAUUUAAAAAAAAACAUUUUUGUAAUUGUUAAAAUAAAAAAAAUAAAAAAUGAAAUAUCACGUAAGUUUUCCGACCCUUUACUCAGUACUUUGUUGAAGCACCGUUAGCAGAGAUUACAGCCUUGAGCCUUCUUGGGUAUGACACUACAGUCACGUGUGCUCCCUCUCCGGCCUCUAGGUCACCAGGCUGCUCAUUAUGGCGCACACCUUUCACCAUCGUUACGCGCACCUGCGCAUUAUCGGACUCACCUGGACUCCAUCACUUCCCUGAUUACCUUCCCUAUAUAUGUCACUCCCUUUGGUUCCUUCCUCAGGAGUUAUUGUUUCUGUUCCAGUUCCAUGUCUGUGUUGUUCGUGUUUCGUGUUUUGUAUUAUGUUUUCAUUUAUUUAUUAAAUGAUUCACUCCCUGAACUUGCUUCCUGACUCCCAGUGCACACAUUACAACUACAAGCUUGGCACACCUGUAGUUGGGGAGUUUCUCCCAUUCUUCUCUGCAAAUCCUCUCAAGCUCUGUCAGGUUGGAUGGGGAGCGUCGCUGCACAGCUAUUUUCAGGUCUCUCCUGAGAUGUUCAAUCACAUUUAAGUCCGGGUUCUGGCUGGGCCAUUCAAGGACAUUCAGAGACUUGUCCCGAAGCCACUCCUGCAUUGUCUUGGCUGUGCUUUGUGUUGUUGUCUUGUUGGAAGGUCAACCUUUGCCCCAGUCUGAGGUCCUGAGCGCUCUGGAGCAGGUUUUCAUCAAGUAUCUCUCUGUACUUUGCUCAGUUCAUCUAUGCCUCGAUCCUGACUAGUCUCCAAGUCCCUGCCACUGAAAAACAUCCUCACAGCAUGAUGCUGCCUCCACCAUGCUUCACCGUAAGGAUGGUCCCACGAUCCUCCAGACGUGACUCUUGGCAUUCAGGCCAAAGAGUUCAAUCUUGGUUUCAUCAGACCAGAAGAUCUUGUUUCUCAUGGUCUGAGAGUUCUUUAGGUGCCUCUUGGCAAACUCCAAGCGGCUGUCUUGUGCCUUUUACUGAGGAGUGGCUUCCGUCUGGCUACUGUUCCAUAAAGGCCUGAUCGGUGGAGUGCUGUAGAGAUGGUUUACCUUCUGGAAGGUUAUCCCAUCUCCACAGAGGAACUCUCCAGCUCAAGGCCCUUCUCCCCCGAUUGCUAAGUUUGGCCGGGCAGCCAGCUCUAGGAAGAGUCUUAGUGGUUCCAAACUUCUUCCGAGUUUCAUAGCAAAGGGUCUGAAUACUAAUGUAAAUAAGGUAUUUAUGAUGUUUAUUUUUAAUACAUUUGCUAAAAAUAUAUAUUUAAAAAACUUUUCGCUUUGUCAUUAUGGGCUAUUGUGAUGUCAUCAUGGGGUAUUGUGUGUAGAUUGAUGACAAAAUAAAAGUAUUUAAUCCAUUUUAGAAUAAGACUGUAACGUAACAACAUUUGGAAAAAGUCAAGGGGUCUGAAUACUUUCCAAAUGCACAGUAUAUGCUAUAUGCUGUGUGUAUAUUUGUGAUACAGAAUAUUCUUAAAUUUUUUCAUAUUUCCCUAAAACCAGAAAUGUCUUAGUUUCUCUCAGUCUAUGCAUUAAAAAGCCUUUCAAACUGCC